UUUAAUCUUCUUGUCCUUCGGCUGUGGAGCUGUUUUGACAGCAGGGUUGUGAUUUGCGAGAUCGUUUGUUGGUUUUCUGCUACAGUCACAAUGAUCCUGUGCGUUCUCUUCACCAACCGCGCGGGAAACGUGUUGCUGGAGCGCUUCCAUGGCUUGCCAGCUGAAGAGCGCCUUCACUGGCGGUCAUUUCUGGUGAAGCUAACCGCAGAGAACCUCAAAACCGCGCGCGAUGAUGAGGUGUUCGUUGCCUCUCACAAGUCUGUGUUUAUUGUAUAUACCGUCAUCGGCGACAUCUGUAUUUUCGCCGUUGGAAAGGAGGUGUACGAUGAGCUUGCUCUUAUGGAAGUUCUAAAUGCCGUUACGUCUAGUGUCAAGGAAGUUUGCCGGAAGGAUCCGAGCGAGCGCUUGUUCCUAGAGAAGUAUGGGAAGGUUUGCUUGUGCUUGGAUGAAAUCAUUUCGCAAGGAGCUUUGGAGCACACCGACAAGGAUCGGAUUCGGAGACUGACAAGGUUGAAGCCACUGGCUGAGUGAGGAUUGUAAGUUGGAUUAUAUUUUAGCUUUGUCGAGUUAUGGGAUGGUACAAUCUAUAGUUCUUGAUGUGGUCGGAGGAAGGUGUUGACAGCAUUCUGUUUCUCAUUAUCUGCCGUUCUGGAGCCUCAAUUGAGAUCUCCUCACCUUGGCAUUCACUUUACUAAGUGUGACAUAUUGACUUAGGGUUACUGGUGCUUUUCAAGUCUCCAAUGCAGUGAUUCAAGAGUUAGGGUUCUCAUCUUCCUCGAUGUUGUAUUUGGAAUCUUCCCGUCUUUUAGUAAAGAACAUGUGCCUUUGUGGAAAAUUGAGCCGAACGGGAAACUUAGGACUCUGUGGAGUUUUACCUUGUAUUAAAACACUUAUUUAGACUCAGCCAGCAUUUUGUUUGUGCUCCAUUUUGUAUGGGUGGAGCUCAUUUUUAGUCGAAAGUAACACAGUAAAUUUUUUGAUUAUGCU